AUGUCGUUGAGAGAGAUAGUCCGCGAGAAUAGCGGCCAUACGACUGCUGAACCAAAGAAGCUCUUCAAAAUGCCUUUUGAUAUUAGUAUGAGGGGCGAUGCGAUGUCAAGGAGUCUUCGGAAGAGCAAUACGUCGAAACUUCCGACACCCCAAGAUGCGGCACCAAUAGUAGCAAAGGAAGAAGAAGCAGCAGUGGAGAAAGCAAAGAUUCUUGUGGCCAUGGUCUUGUUUUUGUCAGCUGUAUGCGUUGGUGUGGGAAUGUACAUGAUUGGAGUGGAACAAGAUGAACAAAAUUUUGAAAACCUGUUUGCAGGAUAUGCUUCUGAAGUUUCCACCGUCUCGCAACAAAAGAUUGAUCAGCUCCUCCGAUCGUUGGACUCCUUUGCAUUCUCCAUCUCGUCGCAGGCCGAGUCCGAAUUGAAACUUUCCAACCAGAGAUGGCCAUUUUACGCAGUAUCAGAAUGGUCUCAAAAGGUAGAAAAAUUUGCCGAUUCUGCAGCGUCAAAGGAUCCACACGUGAUGCUAGCACCAGUUGUACAACAAACGGACCGAACGGAAUGGGCAAAUUACAUGCAAGAUAACAUCAUGACAUGGGUUCAAGAGUCCAUCUCGAAUGAAGAUUUCGAUGGGCAAUAUACUACGGGUACAAUUAUGAACAGCACAGUUCCAUUUAUUUAUGAGCUUGAUGCUGCCAAUGGAUACCAGCCCACGGCAAUCCGACACUCGGGUGAAGCAUUGCCGAUUUGGCAGACGUAUCCAUUGAAAUCCGACCCAACAGUUCCUUACAUUAGCGCGGGGCUGGAUUCUCUGUCUACCGCAGAGAUUGAGGAUCUAUAUCGCGUGACAAAGCAAGUUUCAGGUCCCGCCAUUGGCAUGACCAACAUCACUUUGGAAUCAGGAGUCACUGUGCCGGCCAGUCACAUCAUGCAACCAAUCUACGAUACAACCCAUAACAGUGGCAUUGCAAAGGAGAUGACAGCGGUUGUAGUCUACCGGAUAGACUGGUCGAGCUACUUUGAAGAUCUUCUUGUGGAUGCGAAAGGCAUUAUUCUCGUUCUAAAAUCUUCUUGUGCCAACAGAAGCUCCACUAUCUUCUCCAUGAAGAUGGAUGGUUCUGCCACCACCGCCAUUCUUGGUGACUUGUCGGACUUGCACAGUCAGAGUUAUGAUCAUCUCGAACAUAUCGAGACCCUCAUCGAUCCUGACAUUGAUGAAUCACAAGUUCCUGAUGGGGUCUGCGUCCCACGUUUGACGAUGCAUCUGUACCCCACACAGGAAUUUUACGAUUCCAUCGAGACUUAUGUUACCCCAUUCGAGAAGGCAUCAAUCAUUUUUGCGGUCUUUGGUUUACCAGCCUUUGUCUUUUUCCUUUAUGACUAUCUCGUUGGAAGACGUCAACGAGAAUUCAUGGAUCGGAUCGCAAUCCAAGAGAUGAUUGUUUCGAAUGUUUUUCCCAAAGCCGUUAGAGAGCGGAUCUAUGGCCAAAAUAAUCCUCAUCAGAGAGAAUCCAAUCUCGAUGGUACUGCAAUCGAAUCCAUUAAUUCGGAAAGAGAAGAUGUUGCACCCAUGGCGGAACUGUUUCCAAGCACUACCAUUGUCUUUGCUGAUAUCGCAGGCUUUACUGCUUGGGCAUCUACUCGGGAGCCACAGCAAGUCUUUAUUCUUUUGGAAACAAUCUUUGGGGCCUUUGACACCAUGGCAUCGCAGCAUGGAGUUUUCAAGGUAGAAACAGUCGGGGAUUGUUAUGUCGGAGCAGCCGGAUUGGAAUUGGGGGACAUGGUUCCAUCGGCGGAUCAUGCAAGCGCCGCUUGUUUCUUCGCCAAUGAUGCUGUUGAGAAGAUGGGGGAACUAACCAAAAGGUUGGAAGUCACUCUUGGACCUGAUACGGCGGACUUGGAUCUUCGAGUUGGAAUUCAUAGUGGCCAAGUCACUGCAGGAGUCUUGCGAGGAGAACGAAGCCGCUUCCAACUAUUUGGUGACACAAUGAACACGGCAGCUCGCAUGGAGAGUAGCGGGGAACGGAAUCGAAUCCAACUGUCGCAAGCUACUGUUGAUUUGCUGACCCAGUCGGGUCAUUCUCAUUGGUUCAUUUCGAGAGGAAACAAGAUCUUUCUCAAGGGUAAGGGAAACAUGCAGACCUAUUGGCUGCGCCGCAGUGCGGUACAACGUUCCAAAAGGUAUGAGAGCUCGGAUGAGUUUUCCGUCCUCGACGAAAUGGACGAACUCGAUGACGAUGAUGCUGCUGCUGGAAGGUCCACCACUGACCUCAAACUUGAAAAUAUUGCCGAUGGCAUGAACAAAAUGGAACGUCUGGUCGAAUGGAAUGUCGAAGUCUUGACGUCGCUUUUACAGCAAAUCAUUGCCUCGCGAAGGGGUGAGGUCAAGUCGAUUGAACCCUUGGCCAAUCUGGAAAAGACCGUCGGAUCAGGAGCUACCAUUUUGGAAGAGUUCGUUCCCAUUAUUCCUUUGAAACGAUUCGGCGAACGAGAAUUGAGAAAACGUCGUCCGGCACAUACCAUUGAUAUUGGAGAAGAAGCAAAGUCUCAAUUACGGAGCUUCUUGACCAUCAUUGCCGGACUGUACAAGGACAAUCCAUUCCACAACUUUGAGCAUGCCUCUCAUGUCACUGCCUCGGUCAAGAAACUACUGAAACGUAUCGUCACUGUGGACGAAGGGAAUGGGUUGAGCGGUAGCAGCAACCAUUCUUCCAGCUUGGACCUUGUGGAUUUGGCCGGACAUUCGUAUGGCAUCACCUCGGAUCCACUGACCCAAUUUGCGGUGGUCUUUUCCGCCAUUAUUCACGAUGUGGACCAUCCUGGAGUGCCUAAUACGCAAUUGGUAAAAGAAAAAACAAGGAGUGCCCAGAUCUACCAAAAGUCCAUUGCCGAACAAAACAGUGUGGAACUCUCGUGGGACAUGUUAAUGGGGGAUGAAUUCAGAACCCUGAGAGCUUGCAUUUACCAGACGGGUGACGAAUUGAAACGAUUCCGUCAAUUGGUAGUGAACACCGUCAUGGCUACCGAUGUGGUGGACAAGGAACUCCAAGAAUUGCGAAAAUCGAGAUGGGAAAAGGCAUUUUCGUCCGAGUGUAUCUCCAUAGUAGACAGCAGCGACGACGAUGAUGAUGACGACAAUAAUAAUGACGAUGACAAUAAUGAUAAGAGUGAAGAUCGCAAGGCCACCAUUGUUAUUGAGCAUCUGAUCCAAGCAUCGGAUGUGAGCCAUACCAUGCAACAUUGGUACGUCUACAAGACUUGGAACGAAAAGUUCUUCCAGGAGUGUUACGGCGCCUACAUGGCGGGGCGUGGCGAGACCGACCCAAGCAUCAAUUGGUACAAGGGUGAGAUUGGCUUUUUCGAAUUUUAUGUGAUUCCAUUGGCCAAGAAACUGGACAGCUGUGGUGUCUUUGGAGUUUCCAGCCAUGAAUAUUUGAAUUAUGCCAUUGGGAAUCGAGAGGAAUGGGUUCGCGAAGGAGAGAAUCUGGUACAAGAAUGGAAAGAAAAAUAUGGCGGAGGGGAAGACGAAGAAGAUACAGAGGACGUGACUGUUGUUUGUUGA